AUGAGUAAUAAUCUAUCAGCACAAUGGGAAAAAUUAUUACGACCUGGUAUAUUAACUUUAUUCUAUCGAGAAUAUCCAUUAAUGGAAUUGUAUGAUGAUGCUUGUCAACGUAUACAAGAAUUUCUAUAUAAAAUUCUUCGUUUUCUUCUUCGACAAUAUCCACAUCGAGCUGAACUUGAACAAUGGUUGUAUAUCAAUUAUCCUGAAGCACAAUAUGCAUUGAAUCGUAGUAGUCGAAAACGAAUUUUUUCAAUUGAUCAACUUCAAACAUUAAUUCAUAAAGAAUUUGGUAUACAUAAUGAAAUGGAUAUUAAUUAUUUAGCAACAACACUUGAACAUUGUACCAAAGAUGUACUUAAACUUGCUCAUGAUUAUGUUAAUCGUUUGGGAAAAAAUGAAAUUAUAGCGAAUGAUAUUGAUUUAGUAAUGAAUGCUGAUACGAUUUUUGUUGAAAUUCUUCGUUCGGAUUUAAAUUCAACAACAAAUACUUCAUCAUCAAAUUAUAAUAUUGAUACAACAAUGUCAUAUAAUGAAUUAAUACGACAUUUUAUUAUAACAGAAACACAAUAUAAAGAUGAUUUAGAAUUAUUAAUUAAAUUUUUUCGUAAUCCUAUUCGAAAAUUUUUUCAUGAUGAUCUACAGAUUAUUGAAAUUGUUUUUGGUUGUUUGGAUGAUAUUUAUGAAUUAACAACAAGAUUUUUAUCAGAUCUUGAAGAUGCAAAAGAAAUGAGAGAUGAUAUAACGAAAAAUAUUUCAUUAUAUGAACCAUUUCAAAAUUUUAUUGAAGGAAAUGAAUUUGAAUGUUAUAUAAAAUAUACUCAAACAAUUUUAGCAACAGAUCAUAUAGAUCAAUUGAAAAAAAUGUUAAAUAAUGAACAAAUAAAACAAUAUUUAGAAUUAAAAUCUGAUCAAAUCAAAGAAACAUAUCGAUAUUUAUUACCUGCAUUAUUACAUAUACCUAUUCAUCAUUUUCAACAAUAUCUUAUCUAUUUAGAAAAAUUAGCUUUAUUUCCAGAAUCUGAAUCAGCUCAAUUAACUGAUGUUCUUAGUGUAUUAAGACAAAAUAGUUAUCAUAUUAAACGACCUAAAUUAUAUAUGAAUUUAAGUAUACAUGCAUUUUCAAUGCCAAAAUUAAAUGAUAAUAAAAAAAAUAAUUGGAAAAAUUCAAUAGAAAAUUGGGAUAUUAAAGAAUCAAUAUCACUUUUUGAUAGUUAUCUUAAACAUAUUGUUAUACAAAAUUCAUCAUCAACAUUAAUAACAAAUGUUGAUCGACGUGCUAUUUUAUUUUCAACUAUAUUAUGUCUUUGUAAAAAUUUAUCAAAUGAUAAAUGGAAAUUUAAAGAAAAAAUUUGGUUAAGAAAAUUUAAUAUUAAUGAUCAAAUUAUUAUUCCUGAUCAUGAACAUGUAUUUGAAAUAAAAUGUGAUGAAAAAAAUUAUAUUCUAGCAGCUCGAUCUGAACAAGAUAAAUUUCAAUGGUUAUGUUUAUUGAUGUAUAUAAGAAAUAAAAGUAUUCUUCAACGUGAAUUAUAUAAUAUUCUUAUUAAUGAGGAUGCUCAACAAGUUUUAUUAACACCUGAUCCAAGUCGAUACAAAUUUUGUGCACCAAAUUUACCAACAAAUAUAUUAAUUGAUUAUCAAACAAAUGAUAAAUCUUCAUCAUCAUCAUCAUUUAUAAUACGUGGUGCUACUAUAGAAAAAUUAAUUGAACAUUUAACACAUCAUCAAUUAUUACAUCCACGUUUUGUUAAAUCAUUUCUUAUGACAUAUAAAUCUUAUUGUACACCAUUAGAAUUAUUAAAUUUACUUAUUGAACGUUAUAAUAUACCUGAACCAGCAUCUGCAUAUUUAUAUACAGAACAACAAUUAAAAAAAUUUCGUAAAGAAUAUAUUCAACCAAUUAAAUUAAGAGUACUUAAUGUUAUUCGACAAUGGGUUGAUAAAUAUUUUAAUGAUCUUAUUGAAUCAAAUGAUCAUGUACUUGAACAAUUACAAACAUUUUUACAAUCAAUACCUGAUACUGGUGGAUUAUAUCAAUUUAAAACAAGUAUUUUAAAAUUAAUUGAUAAACAAACAAUUGAUUAUCAAGAUCCAUCGAAAAAAAAUCAACAACAAGAUUUAAUUACUGAUGAACGAGAUCAAAUUGAAGAUCUAGAUGUUUUUCUUGUAUUAAAAUUAGAUGUUUCAGUUGAGAAGAGAGUUCGUUUCACAUCACGUCAUCUUCGAACAUCCAAUUAUGAUUAUCAUUGUGAAUUUCUUAAUAAAUAUAAAGCACAUUCAUCUACUACAAAACCAGUUCUUCGAAUCUUAUUGUACUAA